UUUUUCUUUUGUUCACUUGUGUUUCCCAGUCUCCACCACCAUACACCAACGCCACCACCGUCGCUUACAACCUCACCACUGGCGUCUCCUCAUAUUUGAAUAGUCAAUGCCUGCUCAAAAACGUCCAUACGAUACUUCUCCUACUCCUCCACCUCCACCUCCACCUGACGACGAAAAAGACGACGAUGAUUCCUUACAAACUAAUAAUAAUCAAAAUCACGACGAGGAACAACCCGAUGACGAUUCGGAUGGAACUACUUGUUCGAGCGGCGUGGAGAAAGAUGAAUUUAUCACUCUGAGACUUUCAGAAGUUCGCAAAGAAGUACAGUGUCCUAUAUGUUUAGGCAUUAUACGAAAGACCAGAACAGUUAUGGAGUGCUUGCAUCGCUUUUGCAGAGAAUGCAUUGACAAGUCUAUGCGAAUGGGGAACAAUGAGUGUCCUGCUUGUCGUACCCACUGUGCUAGUCGCCGUUCUCUGAGAGAUGAUCCGAACUAUGAUGCUCUAAUUGCACUUCUAUACCCAGAUAUUGAUAAAUAUGAAGAGGAGGAAUUGGCUUUUCAUGACGAGGAGAAAACUCGAAAUAAGCUGAUACAAGCUUCAAUUGCACAGACAAUACGGCGACAAUCCGAAGCACUGGGAAGGAAACGGACCGCCAGAGCUACAGCAGCAGCUUUUGCAAGGAGAUCUCAGGGAAGCUAUCGGAAUUUAAGGGGAAGAAGAAACUUUCAGGGUGCUGAACACCAUAUAUCUGAUGAGGACGAAGAUGGUAAUCAUGAUGUUGGCAAGGAUUCUUCCUCUGCUGAUGAGCGCUCGGUAGAAGUCAAACCAAAACGGUGCAAAAAGAGGGUAGGACGGCCUUCCCAGGCUUCAGCAGCCAGUGACGAAAAUGAUGCAGAAACAAACCAAGAAUCAUUAGGCGCAUGUAAUGGACUUAUUCGUUGUUCAGAGAUUCUUGCCUGGGGAAAAGGUGGCAUGCGAAGUAACACCAGGCAUGGGGGUCUUGGUGGAGGCACUGGCAAGUUCUCCAGGAACAGCCGAGUCUCAAAGCUAAUUGAUCAUCUAUGUCGUUCGGAUGAAAAUGAAGGGCAGUUGGAUGUCAGACUUAUGCUUGUUUCCUUGUCCGAAGAGGAUAUACCAAGUUUGCAACGACCUUACCUUUGCUGCCGGCCAACUAUGGAAGUUAAACAUUUGAGCCAGUAUGUAGCUCAGCAGACUUCCAUAGAGGUUGGUGAAAUCGACAUAGUGCUGAUAAAAGAGAUAAACGCCACUGACAACCCUUCAAGUUCUGAUAUCAUGACCAUUUCCAAACCCAUUGUUGGAGAUCCUUCUAAAAUUGAAAUCCAUAUGGUGAAAGAGCAUCAAACUUUGGGGGAAAUCGAAGAUACAUGUGGUUUUAACCAGCGUAAUCUGAUCUUGGCAUACCGACGAAAAUCAAAGAAUAGGACAGAUCAUGAUGAAGGGAAGGUGACCAUGUAGUUUUGGCUAUAUACAGAAUAUAAUACAUGACAAGAAGUGUAAUUUCAACUGGGGUUUGGAGUUCUCUGUAAAUCCAUAUAGAAAGUAAGUAGUUUAGUAAGUGGUAUCAUACACAUGUAGUUCAUUAUUCAGGAAAGGUAAUCCCCUCAACUAUUUUGACUCAGCGUUUAUUCACCUUGAAGUGGUUAUGAACACUCGUGUAAUGGUUUAUUUACCUUUUUAUGGACUUGUUUCAUGUAGUGUGAUCCAAGUGAUUAAUAUAGCGUUAACUAGCCAAGACGUUGGCUUGAUGCAUCGAUUUUUAAGAAAAGAAUGGUUUGCUUCUGUGACAUUUAACCAAUCACGACUUUUCUUGGUUAUAGACUUACGACUAAUCAUGAAAAGGAUCUGAACCUUUCCUUUGCAAAUUACAACUAGCAUGUUAUUAACCUUCUGUUGCUUGCUUAAAGGCAUUACAAAUACAAAAACGUCGCCAAUUUAUUUCUAAAAGAUUAUUCAUAGUGUCAUGCUUUGGGAGGAAGAUGUUUAUUGAUGACUUUUGUUUGGGUAUCUACCCUUGGUAAAGGAUUGGUGUUUGCUUGAAAAAUGGGCGUCUCAUUUUAGGAUAAUCGUGGGGUAUGUAAGAUUUCCAUCUCGUGCACGUAGGAGAUGAUGAAUAGAUGUCGCUGUAGACCAACUCCGGUUUCUAGUUUCCUUUUUUAACUUUGGUGAAGGGAAAGGAAAUUCUCUUAGAUUUCUUUUCCCGCUGUGAAUAGUUAAAAGGGGAAAGGUAGAUGGGAGUGGUUUUUCGUGGAAUGGUGGACCUUAACAAAGUUGUUUAUUGUUUUCCCCGGUUGAGUGAAGAAAAUAUCUCGAACCUUCAAUUGUUUGACAAUGCAACCUCCAUUAUUUUUCAACACAACUACAGCCUUGACGUUUACUUGAUUCAAUCUCUUAUUUUGCAACACGUCAUCUCAGGUGACAUUCAAGACAGGCCCACAUAUCUUACCACUACCUAGAGUGGACGAUCAGCUACUGCCAAGUUUCAUUGAAUUAAUUUUUAAUUGAAACCAGAUAAACAUGAACUUGCAAAGCGAUAAUCACACUUGACCAAAUGGCAACAAAACAAAAACGUCACAAUAUUUAUUUCAGAUAUUUAAUAUUAGGAAUAGUAAACAAACAUAGACCAACUGGUCUACCAGCAACAGUACAGUAAUAGUAGCAACUUCGUUUGGAGCUGGAAAGCCACUAAUGGCCAUUAAAGCUUAUAAGUCAUCUUGGAAAACCUAAUUACAACAUGCUAUUGGAGUACUUUAAUACAUAAUUCCCAACAGAAAACCAUAAAGACAAAUAAAGAUAAGCUUCCAGUAAUCCGUGCUUUCAUCAGCAAAGCAA